AUGGCGCUCUUCGUCGCGCACCAGUGCGCGCUCGGCGGGAUGAACGCCCGGCGCGUCGAUAUCUCUCGACCAGGUGUCGCCUCCACGUUCGGUGUCGAGACCGAACAGGGCAAGUGGACUAUGAUUCGCCACGGGAAGAAGGACCCGAAGCUCAACAGGCCGGCGGAUCAGCGCAAGGCGCUCCUCCGUGGGUUGACGACUGAGUUGCUUCGUCACGGGACGGUGACGACGACGAUGGCGCGCGCCAAGGCGAUGCGCAAGCCGGUGGAGAACAUGAUUCAGUUAGCGAAGGACGGUGAUGAUUACAAGAAGCGCAUGGUGAAGGAGUACCUCUACGACGACGAGCUUGCCGAGGCGCUCUUCGAGCAAGUGCCGCAGCGCUACGCUGAACGCAACGGUGGCUACACGCGCAUUGUUCGCACGCUCAACCGCCGUGGUGAUAACGCCGAGAUGGGUGUCAUCCGCCUUGUUUAG